CAUCUUUCGGGGUCACUUGCAUAUCGAUAUACCGAAUCACGGUCCUGCACUUACCUUUUUUUCGAGCGGCAUUAGUAUAAAGGUCGCUACGUGCCCACUUUCCCCAGGCAAAAUUUUGCACACCACAUUCGUUCUUUAUUCUACCAUCCGUUCUUUUGACUAUGCUCCUAACCUCUACGCUCCUUCUACUUUCGUUACCCCUAGCUGCGUUUGCACUCCCCUUCCAACCUCGUGCGGCGGAGUCAGACAAAAUCGCGAUUGGAUUUUACACUGGUUGGCACUCUGAUGAUGUCCCACUGACCUCUGUCAGUUGGGACAAGUAUAACACCAUGAUUUAUGCAUUCGCAACCACCACUCCAGACGUCCAGACGUUGUCCCUGAACGGGUCAGAUGGAUCAGUACUGCCUGAGUUCGUGAAACAGGCGCAUGCACAUGGUGUCUCUGCACACAUUAGUGUUGGAGGUUGGAGCGGAAGUAAAUAUUUUUCCUCCCAUUUCCAAUCCGCAGAAAAUCGCACUGCAUUCGCGAACACUGUCCUCGAUUUCCUCAAUGAAUACAAUUUGGACGGUGUCGACUUUGAUUGGGAAUACCCUGGCGUCCAGGGCGUUGGUUGCAACGCUGUUAACGCUAAUGAUACGGCGAAUUUCCUUGCGUUCCUUCAGGAAUUCCGGGCGGCCGUAUCUGAAAAAAAAAUCACCAUCUCUGCAACUACACCACUGCUCCCCUUCCGGGAUGCCAAUGGACAACCCUUGACAGACGUAUCGGAGUUCGCUAAAGUUCUCGACUUCAUUAGUAUUAUGAACUACGACGUGAACGGUCCCUGGUCCCCUCGUCUUGGCCCUAACGCUCCGCUGCAGGACUCCUGUGCAGAUACUGCUUACCAGUUCGGCUCUGCAGCCACCGCAGUGAAGGCUUGGCGUGCAGCUGGGUUCCCUCUUGAGAAGACCGUGCUCGGUGUCCCAUCUUACGGCCACUCUUACUACGUUACCCCAUCCGAUGCGUUCGCAAACAACACGAAGGACUUGGCCCCUUAUCCACCCUUCAGUAAAAGCAAGACCCCUCUUGGUGACGGAUGGGACAAUACUACCAGUGUUGAUGCCUGCGGGGUUACACAACCUUCUGGUGGAACUUGGAACUUCCGUGGCCUUGUCGCCGGUGGCUGGUUGAGUACCGAUGGAAAGCCCGCACAGGGUAUCCACUACAGCUAUGACAAUUGCAGCAGGACUCCCUACUUGUAUAAUGAGAACAGCCAGAUCAUGAUUUCCUACGAUAACGCGGAGUCCUAUACCGCCAAAGGACGGUUCAUUGAGGAGCUUGGUCUUCGUGGGUUCUCCAUGUGGGAAUCUGGAGGGGACUACAACGAUAUCCUCCUUUCGGCCAUCAAGGGUACUUUCAACUGAUUUGAGUACAAUUCUCGCGCUACAAACUUUGUAGGUAUGAUCUCAUAGAACAGUUUGAACU